AUGAAGACCCCAGAGCAACUUGUCGCCCUCCUGUCUGGCGCUUGGACCAUCUACAACCAGACAUCCGUUUACCCCAACGGCACCGCCGUCCCCCGCGCGCCCGACGCCGCUCAAGGCCCCAAUGGCACUGGCGUGAUCCUCUGUCCGUCCUCCUUCCCCCUUCACCUCUUCCUAACUAACCGCCCCAAAGACCACCCCACCAUGCAGAUGUCCGCCAUCCUCACCCCGACCCUCCCCGCUUACCGCCCCCAUAACCUCACUUACGGCAAAUUCGACAACACCACCGACGCCGACUGGGCCAUCCUCGGCAAGCACAACCUCGCGUACGCCGCGCCGUUCACUCUCACCGUCCUCCCAGAGGAGGAUAAUGAUGAUGGCGUGGUGGUGCAUGGGCCAUUGUUGUCUAAUGUGCCAAGUUAUGAUGGAGCCUUUUUUAAGAGAAAUUUCACGAUCAUAGGCGAGGGCGAGGAGUAUGGGAAGUGGCUGAGGUUGGUGAUCAGGAAUGAGACUAGUGGAGUUAGAAAUCUGGUUGUGUGGAGAAAACGAGGGUAA